AUGAAUCAGCCAAUAUUGCUUAUUGCAAUGGCUAUAGUGGACAGUAAAGAUCUAUCAGUGGCAGUUAUUGGUGAAGGUGCUGCUGGGGCAUCGUCAGCUUUGGCGCUCAUCGAACGUGAUCCAAGUCUUAAUAUCACCGUCUUUCACAAUGUACCAUUUGAACAGACUGUUAGUUUUGGUCCUGCUGGCUUAUUUCGAGUUGAUACACUUCAAAACAGAGCUUAUGGAAAACGAUCAUUUCGUCGUUAUGCUAAAUUGUUUCGCGAGUACGGUGGUGAAAUAUCUGGUGUUAAUUUAUUAUCAGGGCAUAUUUUAUCAACAAAUUUGACAGAACUUGUUGAACAAGUUCCUAGGAUUACUGAAAUUGUUUUAAAGGAUGAAAUUUAUGGUGAUACUGUCUACAAUUUUCGUUAUCUUCGAGAGAAUGAAAUGCAACAGUUCGCUGAUCAAGGUGAAAAUGAUCGUAUGUUUGCGAUUCAUUUUACAACAUAUACAACAGAAGGAGGUAAAUAUGUACCGUGGAUGAAAAAGCAAUUACUAGCAAAAGGUGUACGUUUUAUACAACGUCAUAUUAAUACAGUUAGAGAUGAGUUUGAUGUUAUCGUGAACUGUGCGGGAUUAAACGGUGGUAAAGUAGCAGGUGAUGGUGAUCACAGGAAUAUGUUUCCGAUACGAGGCAUUAUAUUUGAAGUUAAUGCAACAUGGCAUAAACAUUUCCUAUACAAAAGAUUUGAUACAUUUUCUAUACCAACCACGGAUAAAGUGUUCAUUGGAUCUGUGAAACAGGCAGAUAGAUAUGAUCUUGAAAUUACGCCCGCUGAUCGGAUUAAUAUUCUUAAUCGGUACUAUCGAUUGCAACCAGCAAUUAAAGGUGCAGCUAUUCUGAGCGAAUGGUCUGGUUUGAGACCGGGUCGAAAGGGAGGUAUCCGAUUGGAAAUGACAACAAUUCGAUUCUCAGCUCCGAAAUUAAAGGAAAGUUUUAAGGACAAAAUAGUCAAGAUAGUACACAAUUAUGGUCACGGUGGACAUGGCUUAACUUUAGGUUGGGGUUGCGCUGAAACAGUUGCUGAUCUUAUUUUAGGCAGCAAUAGCAGUGAAAUAACAUUGUGUGACAGAGAAAUAGCAAGAAGAAAAGAAGAGAUCGAAAGUUACAAAAAGAUACAAAAACAUCUCGAGGAUCUCCCAAAGAAACUUGCACAUAAUGUUAACGUUCCAUUGGGUAAAGCGGGUUUUAUGCCUGGUCGAGUCGUACAUACCAAUAAAGUAAUGGUUUUACUUGGUAAUAAUUAUUUUGCAGUAUGCUCAUGCUUUCAUGCAUGUGAAAUUAUUGAGCGUCGAAUAUCCCUUAUCCAGAAGAGCAUCAACGAUUUCGAAGGACAGAAGAAGCGUGCGUUAACUCAAAUGAAGUUGGGUAGUGAAUUGUUUGAUUUGGAAAGGGAACAAGUUGAAAUACGGGAGCCAUUUGAUGAGGCAAAGUAUGAGGAAGAAAAGAAGUUUAGGCGUACGCAUAAAAAAAAUGAUGUACGGCGAGAAAAACGGGAAGAAAAAUGCAAUACUGAGGAAGAUUUCGAACAAGAAAGCGAAAGAUUGAAUGACAUGAAGAAUACAGCUGAAGCAGUCAACGAAUUAGCGAAUACUAAAUAUUUGUGCACAAAAACAGAUGAGAAGCUGAGUGAAGCCGAAGACUAUAAAGAACGAUUUAAUGAAAAAAUCGGAAACUUUCCUGUGGAUUAUCAAAAAUUGCUAGAAAGAUUGAACGAACUUGAAAGACAAGAGGAAGAAGCAGGUGAAUUAGAAAGCGAUUAUAGCAGUAGUCUUGAUUCGGACGAUUUUCCCUUAAAAAAUAAAGAAGCUACAACUAGUAACAAUUUGUUGGAAGAAAUGCAAGAAGUGAAAAGGAUGGAAUCGAUGCAUAAUGAAAAGGAAGGUAUUAGUCAACUAGUGUUAAAAGAAGCGAAUAAUGAAUCGCAAAAAAUACGGCGUACAGUUCGUUUCAAGAGUGAAGAUGAAGCUUACUCAGCUAAUACAACACCAAUUUCAUCGCCGAAUUCAGAAAUACCGCUGCAUGAAAAUGAACCGAAAAUAAUUAUAAAUGAAGAUCCACGUUUCUCAUGUUCUUUGCCACGUUCCAUUUUACGUAAUUUUAAUGAAAAAUCUCCAGUUGAUGUCGAUGCUUUAGCUGCUGCUGAAUUAAAAAAUCGGAAGGAGAUUGUACCGAUUUCUGAACAGGCAUUUACGGGUAAAGUGUUGGAGAGGCAUCUACCUGUUGAUAAUGAUACAAAAGUCACCGAAUCAACACCAGUUAUAAUGCCUUCGAAGGUUGGUUCACCUCGACGAGUUUCACGUUUUAAAAUGUCUCGCGCCUAUCUGGAUUAG